AUGGCCGUGGCACUGGAUGCCGUUUGGGUGCGGGUGAAGGGGGUGUGCAAGCAGAAUGGGCUGCUUAUCCUGUCUGUGAUGGCCGUGAUCAUUGGAUGCCUCCUUGGCUUCUUCCUGCGGUCAAAGCAGCUCUCCGAGCAGGAGGUAAAGUACUUCCAGUUUCCUGGUGAGCUGCUGAUGAGGAUGUUGAAAAUGCUUAUUCUUCCCCUCGUUGUAUCCAGUUUGAUGUCUGGACUGGCUGCCCUGGAGCCCAAGUGCUCCAGCCGACUGGGGCUGAUCACUGUUUCCUACUACCUGUGGACCACCUUCCUGGCUGUAGUAGUGGGCAUUGUGAUGGUUUUGAUCAUCCACCCGGGUGGCAUGGCGCAGAAGGAGGACUCAGAGGACAGCGGGAAGCCAAUCAUGAGUUCGGCUGAUGCCCUGCUGGACCUGAUUCGAAACAUGUUCCCUGCCAACCUUGUACAAGCUACCUUUCAACAGUAUCGGACCAACAGUGUGCCCAUAAUGAAGUCCCCAAAGCCCACAGUCAGUCAGGUCCUCACGGAGAGCACCACCAAGAGGCCUCUGAUCUACGGCAUACAGGACGACAACGGAACAGACAUCCAGAACUUCCAGCUGGACCUGACACCACCACCGGACGUGUUCUUCCGCACGUUACCAGGAACCAGUGAUGGCAUGAACGUCCUCGGAAUUGUGAUCUUCUCAGCAACAAUGGGUAUUAUGCUGGGCAGAAUGGGUCCCAAUGGUAGCGCCUUGGUCAACUUCUGCCAGAGUCUGAAUGAAGCUGUGCUGAAGAUCGUUGCCAUCGUCAUCUGGUAUUUUCCAUUUGGAAUCGUGUUCCUGGUGGCGGGAAAAAUCCUGGAGAUGAGCGACCCUUCCGCCAUGGGAAAGAAGCUGGGCUUCUACGCCAUUACCGUGGUGAUGGGGCUGAUCCUCCAUGGCCUCUUCAUCCUCCCCAGCAUCUACUUCUUCAUCACUAAGAAGAGCCCCAUCGUCUACAUCAGGGGGAUUCUGCAGGCGCUGCUCAUCUCCCUAGCAACCUCCUCCAGUUCUGCCACGCUGCCUAUCACCUUCAAGUGCCUCCUGGAGAACAACCACAUCGACCGGCGCAUCAUCCGCUUCGUGCUGCCGGUGGGGGCCACCAUUAACAUGGACGGCACCGCGCUCUAUGAGGCCGUGGCGGCCAUCUUCAUAGCCCAGGUCAACAACUACGAACUGGACUUUGGCCAAAUCAUUACUAUCAGUAUCACGGCAACGGCAGCUAGCAUUGGUGCAGCUGGAAUUCCACAGGCUGGCCUGGUCACUAUGGUGAUUGUACUCACAUCCGUUGGUCUGCCUACUGAUGACAUCACGCUCAUCAUCGCAGUGGACUGGGCUCUGGACAGAUUCCGUACCAUGGUGAAUGUGAUGGGGGACGCUCUGGCCACUGGCAUCAUGGCCCACAUCUGUCGGAAGGACUUCAUGAAGGAGACUGAUGGGCAAGUGCCACUCAUCUGUGAGACCAAGCCCAUGAUCUGCGAGACCAAGCCCAUCAACAUCCAGCAGCUGAUGAACUGCCAGCAGAACAACGGCAGCUUCCCGUCCCACCCACCGGGCCACAAGUCCGACCACAUCCCCCCAGACGUGGCCCGCCUCAUGCAGCUCGAGGAAGGAGUGAGGCCCCCGCCGCCAGAGCGCAAGAAGCCCCCCAUCCCCCCACGCCACCUCAAGAGCAAGGACAAGGACCACUGUGCCAUCGACAUGAACGGCCUGGAGACCAACGUAUAGCCCACAGCCGCGUGGGGAGGAGCUGGGGCGACCUGAGCCCUCUAAGAGAGCGUGGGGUCAACGUAAGGGGCCGACCAUUCAAGGAAAAACUGGAAGAGACAGUUGUGUUGUCUUAGUUUAUUAUUAAGACUGGUCGAUUGUUUAAAUGUGUUUGUUUGUUUGUUUGUUUGUGUGUGUGUUUGAGUGUUUUUUUUUUCUCCAAGUGUGAAUCCUGAGAAUUAUAUGAAAGCAACAAAUUAUGACUUUGGUAGUCUCGGGGAGACUCCAAGAAGUGGAAGUGUAUGUGGAAAUGCCUGUUGUUGAUACACGGGGAAGAAACAUGGCUGUCUGAAGCUAAGGCUUACGCUAUUGAGGAAAGGAGUAUGAGAACGUAUAGGUGCACAAGAGAACUUUUCACCUAAUGGCGAGAACAGAGACUCCGGCACCGAUGGCAGCAGCUGGAACAUGGGUCGCCUUUACCACUGUGGCCAAACCUGAUCGGUCCAGAAACGCUUUGCAGAAGGUGCUCGUUCCUUUUUUGGCUGGGCAGAGGCCAACAUGGUCCUGGCAGAUCCCCUGAGGAGGAACUUGAACAUAAUCUCUCCUCUUGAGGUGCGAGGAAGUGUUUUUUUCUUGUAUAUAUUUAUGUGUAUUAUCAACAUCUUUUUUUUCAAUUUUAUAUUAUCUAUCUGCCAUGUUUUGAUUCGUUGGGUGAUAAUCCUGCAAAAAAAAAAAAACAACAGUACUUAAUGGGAAAAAAUAUAUAAUAUUCUAGUUAGGCCUCCUAAACCCCUUCCUCUCCCCAUCUGCAAUGCUGUGCAUUAUGCUGCUUCUCCAUAUGCAGACACAACACCAGCUUAGCAAAGAGUGGAGGAAAUCUCCCAUUUUUCUGAUCUUUGCCUUAUGAGAAUAAGAGCUCAAAUCCUGAGAGAGAGCAAGAGAGACAGUAAAUGAGAGUGUACUAUAGAGAGAGCUUGGGCCAUCAACACUGCCACCACCACCCACCCCCGACACUCACACACACACACAGCCAAAGCCAAGUUGAGCCGAUCCAACCCCCCACCCCCAUUUUCAGCCACACGGCACAGACACAAGCCCCCACUGACAGUGAUUUGUCCUUGUCGGCUCGUCUGGUCAGCCCCAGUGCCCCCUGCUCUCCUGCCUCCGUGCCACUCUGGGACAGGCUGCACGCACGGCAACGCAGACGCCUCUGGCCCCUCAAUUUCUGAUAAUGUGCCGGAUUACCAGCAGAUGCUGGCACUGCUUCUCCUCCAUAAUGCACUCGGGAGAACUCGCCGGCGUUGCCAUGGCAAUUAAGCGAAUGAGAUUUAAAUCCCCCCCUUCCGUGAUUACAAAUGGCGCUCACAGGUAGAAGACCUGUUUCUCUUUUGCAUUUUUUUCUCUCUCUCUGUUUUUUUUAAUUUUUUUUUAAGUCAGGUCAGGAUGUUUCAUUUUUUAAUAGAGCCACUGGCGUAUUACAGCUAAUGCACUUGAAUUUUGUCAUGUUUUUUUUCUUACUUUUCAUCCAGAGGGCAUUUCAUUAGCCAGCUACCAUGUGGUGUGAAGUUACAUGGAAUGUCACACUAAAGGGAACAAUGUCACCACAGUUCUUUGUACCUCUUUCAUACACCCAGUAUGACAGCUGCAGAUCUCACAAGAAUAAACCUCACGUGUCUGGUUGGGUUCUUAACUUCAAAAACCUUCUGAGGAAGGUGGAAAGUGCCCUCACAUUUGAAUGGCGCAUGACCUCCUUUUAAGCUCCAAAUGACGUUCAGUCUCAGUGAAGAAGUAUCACAAUCAUUCAAAUGAGAUUUUCCUCUGUCUUACUUCCGUCCUGUAUGCCACUCCAAUAAGUCCUCUGUUGCUUGUUCUGAAUCUUCUUUUUCUCUUGCUUCUUUUUCAAACUCCCCCCUGCACUGACUGUUUUUUCCCUCUCCCAGUCACCCUGUCCCUUACUAGAUACAGUAUACAGUAUAGUGAAAAAGAAAAUGAAAGUGUUCCCAUUACUCAGAUACAUCCUUUUAGAUCUUCUGUCAAAGACAAAGGCUACUCUAAAGACUGGCCUUGCACCAGACACAGGGCAGCACUUCAGUGGAUGGGGAAGCAAAUGGCUCACUAGUGCAGUGGUGAGCUCUCUGUGAUUGGUAGUAGCUUUUUUUCUCAAUCUGUCAAUCUGAAAAAAAAAAUAAUAUUUAUCAAUAAAAUAUUUUAUACAUAA